AUGUGUCCUCCAGGCAUUUGGGCGGGAAUCGAACCCAGCGGCAAUCGUCCCGGGCGAACUCUCCCUCGCGCGCGAACGAAAGAGGCGAUUAGAAGCCUCGACGAUUGUGUGAGGCUCGCGAAUUCGUGCCAGAGCUUGGUACAAGCCAUAGAGAUCCACUCGGCGAUGGCGUCGCUGGCGUCUAGCCCCAGCUCCUCCUCGCAUUGCCCGAUCUUUCUCGCCAACACCAUCGUCCGGAUGUACGGCGCGUGUGGCGCCGUGGAUCACGCGCGGCGGGCGUUCGAUUCCACCGCGCUCCGGAACUAUCUCUCCUGGGCGAUGAUGCUCGCGGCAUAUGCCCGCAACGGGCAUCUCUCCCACGCUGUUGCGCUGUUCGAUUCCAUGCCCCAACAGCCCGACCUCGUCUCGUGGACCGUACUCCUCCAGGCCCAAAUCGAGUACGGCAGCCUGGCCGCCGCGGCCGCGCUCAUGGGCCGCAUGCCCGGCUGGGACAUCGUGACGUGGAAUGCGAUGCUCACGGCGCUCUGCCGGGAAGGAAAUCUUAAAGAUGCCAGAGAAUUGUUUCACGCCAUGCCUGAGUGGAAUGUGAUCUCGUGGACCGCACUCCAGUCGGGAUAUUCCCAGAACGGGUAUCUGGAGGAAUCUAGGCGCUUGUUUGACGAGAUGCCACAGAGGAACAUGGUAUCUUGGAAUGUGCUACUGUCGGCCUACUCCCAGGCCGGGAAUCUAGAGCGCUGCAAGAGUGUCUUUGAGAAUAUCCCAGAGCUGUGCGUGGUCUCAUGGAAUGCGAUGCUCGCGGCAUAUACCCAUGCUGGGCAUUUGGAAGAAGCGAGAUCCGUGUUUGAUUCCAUGCCCGAGAGGGACAUAGUGACGUGGACGACGCUGCUUUUUGCGUAUGCCCUGGGCGGUCAUGCCAGCGAGGCAAGGAGCAUCUUUGCCAAGAUGCCCCAGCAGGAUCUAAUUUCUCGAAACACAAUGCUCUUCGCAUAUUCCCAGGACGGGGACUUCCUCGCCGUGAAAGAGUUAGUGGAGGCAAUGCCUGAGUGGAAUCUUUUCUCGUGGAACACGAUCCUCAUGGCAUAUGCCCAAGACGGGCAUAUCCAGGAGCUCCAGAAAUUCCUCUUCUUCCUCCCGGAGAAAAACUCCGUGUCUUGGACAAUGGCGCUGGAAGCCCUCGUGCAAUCCCGGCGCCUGGAUCGCGCGAAAUCCCUCUUGCUCAGCGCCCCAGAUCUCGACAUCGCGGCCUGGAAUGCCGUCCUCUUGGCGCUCGCCCAGUCGGGAAGAUCAUCCAGUGUCGAGGAUCUCUUGCGGGCGAUGGAGCUCCAAGGAGAAAUCUGGCCCAAUGAGAGCACCUGCAUUGCCAAUCUCCUCGCCUGUGGCCACUCCGGGAACCUGGAAUCGGCGUGGCGAUCAUUCCGCGCUAUGGCCGCGGAUUGGGGAUUGGAGCCAACGCACCGCCGCUACUGCUGCGUGGUCGAUCUUCUCGGCCGCGCAGGGCGCCUAGCGGAUGCCGAGGAUCUGAUAGCAAGCAUGCCAUUCGUGCCAGACGCGAUCGAUUGGAAAUCUCUAGCAUGCCGAGGGCGCGAAGCAAGAACCCUAGAUUCCGCGCGUCGGGCAAUCGAGCUAGAUCCCCAAAAUGCGGCCACGUACCUUUUGAGGAUAUAG